AUAUAUUAUAAAAUAAUUACAAUAAUGGAUGAAUGGACUCAAAAUAAGUUGAAAGAUAUAAAUCUAGAACAGCUAAUUCAAGCUUUUGAAGAUAAAGAGAUCGAUAGAAUUGCAUACAUGUCCUUGACAGAGAACAUGCUAAAAGAUUUGGUACAUAAAAUUGGUUGGAGGUCCAAAAUUUUUAAAGAUAUAUUUCAAUCUAAAAGUACCGAAAAUCAAACAUUAGAGGUAUUUGAAAUCCAAACUCCUCUCACUGAAAUCAAUAGUAAUAUAAAUUGUGAUAUAAAUAAAAUAUAUACAUUUGAAUAUGAAGAAGAGAAUAAUCAUGAGGUUGAAAUAAAAGAGAAUUAAACAGCUGAAUGUAGUAAAACUACAAACAUCAAAAUUGAAGUAAUAAUAGUAUUUUUACGCAAUAUUGAUAAUAAGUUAUACAUAUAAUUGAGUGUACUCAGAGGCUAUUAUAAAUGAAUAUUUUAAUGUUUUGUGUACACCUUUUAAUAAAUUAAAUACAGAACACUUAAGGUUUAAAGCUAUGGACGACUUUGGAACAUUUAUUAGACCAGUAGGCACUACAGUUAAUUAUCGAUCUAAUGACACACUUCAGGGAGGUAAUUUGAUUGUUCAACCAUCUCCCAUAAAAAUUUACAGUGUACCUCUUGAAAAAUUAUUCAAACAAUUUUUUGAGAUUCCUUAUGUUUAUGAGGUAUUUAUGAAUUAUUCUCAAUAUUUAAUGACUGAAAAUUUCAA